GGCGAGCGCAGCAGCAGCGGGAGGAGGAGAGGAGAUUCAGUCUUCAACCUCUAAACACCCCAACAGAUCCGAGGGGAGGGACGAAAAGAGAGAGGAGAGCGAGUGAGAGAGAGAGAGAGAGAGAGAGAGAGAGAGAGAGAGAGAGAGAGAGAGAGAGAGAGGAGGCGCGGAGGGUUGCUGCUCUCCUCCUGGGCGGAGACACACACACACACACACACAAACACACACACACACACACACACACACUCACCAGCACACGCACGCACACACCACCUCAGCACCUAGAAAGAGGGGGAGCGGGAAAGCGGCAGCGGAGGAGGAGGAAGGAUGCAAGGGAAGAAGCCGAGCGGCUCUUCGGGCGGCGGUGGCAACGGGGGCAGGAGCGGCGAGCUGCAGGGGGAUGAGGCGCAGAGGAACAAGAAGAAGAAAAAGAAGGUGUCCUGCUUCUCCAACAUCAAGAUCUUUCUGGUGUCCGAAUGCGCCCUGAUGCUGGCGCAGGGCACGGUGGGCGCUUACCUGGUCAGUGUCUUAACUACCCUAGAGCGGAGAUUUAACCUGCAGAGUGCUGAUGUCGGUGUAAUAGCUAGCAGUUUUGAGAUCGGUAACUUGGCCCUCAUCCUCUUCGUGAGCUACUUUGGAGCCAGGGGACACCGGCCACGUUUGAUAGGCUGUGGCGGAAUAGUCAUGGCUUUAGGAGCUUUGCUUUCUGCACUGCCUGAGUUCCUGACCCAUCAAUAUAAGUAUGAAGCUGGGGAGAUACGGUGGGGAGCCAAAGGACGGGACGUGUGUGCUGCCAAUGGGUCCACCAGCAACAAGAGACCAGACUUGGAGCUAAUCUGCAGGAAUAGGACUUCCACCAACAUGAUGUACUUGCUGCUCAUUGGUGCACAGGUCCUAUUGGGGAUUGGUGCUACCCCUGUGCAACCUUUGGGAGUUUCCUACAUCGAUGAUCAUGUGAGAAGGAAAGAUUCCUCCCUGUAUAUAGGGAUCCUUUUCACAAUGUUGGUGUUUGGACCAGCCUGUGGAUUCAUCCUGGGCUCCUUCUGUACCAAAAUUUAUGUGGAUGCUGUCUUCAUUGAUACAAGUGUCCUGGAGAUCACCCCAGAUGACCCCCGCUGGAUUGGUGCCUGGUGGGUAGGCUUCCUGCUCUGUGGUGCCUUACUCUUCUUUUCCUCUCUCUUGAUGUUUGGGUUUCCACAAUCCCUGUCCCCACACCCAGAUCCCACAGUGGAGAGUGAGCAAGCCAUGCUCCCUGAAAGAGACUACGAAAGACCCAAGCCCAGCAACGGUGUCCUGAGGUACCCACUUGAGGCAGACAACAGCACUUCCUGUUUUCAGCAGUUAAGAGUGAUUCCUAAAGUGACAAAGCAUCUAUUGUCUAACCCUGUGUUCACCUGCAUCGUCCUUGCGGCCUGUAUGGAAAUUGCAGUGGUCGCUGGCUUUGCUGCCUUCCUGGGAAAGUACCUGGAACAGCAGUUCAAUCUCACAACUUCAUCAGCCAACCAGCUGCUGGGGAUGACUGCUAUCCCAUGUGCAUGUCUGGGUAUAUUCCUAGGAGGUCUUCUUGUAAAGAAGCUCAGCCUGUCUGCUCUGGGAGCCAUUCGCAUGGCCAUGUUAGUUAACCUGGUGUCUACAGCUUGUUAUGUUUCCUUCCUCUUCCUGGGGUGUGACACAGGUCCUGUGGCUGGGGUUACUGUUCCCUAUGGAAACGACUCAGCACCCGGCGUAGCCUUGGAUCCCUACUCUCCUUGCAAUAAUAACUGUGAAUGCCAAACUGACUCUUUCACGCCAGUCUGUGGGGCAGAUGGGAUCACUUACCUGUCUGCAUGCUUUGCUGGAUGCAACAGCACGAAUCUCACUGGCUGUGCCUGUCUCACAUCUGUCCCCUCUGAAAAUGCAACAGUGGUUCCUGGGAAAUGCCCCAGCCCUGGUUGCCAAGAGGCCUUCCUUACAUUCCUCUGUGUGAUGUGUGUCUGCAGCAUGAUAGGAGCGAUGGCCCAGACUCCAUCUGUGAUCAUUCUCAUCAGGACAGUCAGCCCUGAACUCAAGUCUUACGCCUUGGGGGUUCUAUUCCUGCUCCUUCGUUUGCUGGGCUUCAUCCCUCCUCCCUUGAUCUUUGGGGCAGGCAUUGACUCGACCUGCCUGUUCUGGAGCACGUUCUGUGGCGAGCAGGGUGCCUGUGCCCUCUAUGACAACGUGGUGUACAGAUACCUGUACGUCAGCAUCGCGAUUGCCCUCAAGUCUUUCGCGUUCAUCCUUUACACCACAACGUGGCAGUGUCUGAGGAAAAACUAUAAACGAUACAUCACAAACCACGAGGGUGGGCUCAGCACGACCAGACAGGAUCAUGCACUUGACAUUCUUCGGGAGCAAGGUAGGAAAAGCCACCGGGCCUUGGUGGCAACCCUUUGAAGGUUCAAAUGCGGUCUCUAGAAAUGCCAUCAGCUCCAAGCAACAGGGAAUGAUGGUGGCCAGAGGAGCAAAUGGACAUUUUUUUUUUGGACAUAAAAGCCUAUCAUCUUAUUAAAAAAAAAAAAAGUUGACAACAUUUCCAGGAUAAGCACUAGUGACACUCUAUGCCACCUCCUCCUUCAAUAUGGGGCAGGGAGGGAGCAAGAGAAGAGGGGGGUGGGAGAGCUACUCCCCUCUAACCUUUGCAAUAUGGGUCACUGUGUAGACAACUCACCCAGUCUGCAUGUUGUUCCAGGCCCCAGAGUUCUCUCAGCGAUGUUAUUGGGUGAUCCGUGCUGGAGUCAAUAAGUGACAUCCCUCACCAGCCGUAUUUUUAUGUUCAAAAGUUAGAAAACUGAGAAAGUGAGGGGAGAGUGGAGUGUGCAUGCUGGGGGAUGUAGGACUCAUCCUUCCCCCAUCAGCACAUCUGACAGGUGAGAAGUCUCCACCUCCUCCCAAGCCUCACAGACCUCAGGAUGUGCUGGGCCUUAUCUGUGGCUAUGACUGGCUGAGUUCAGAGCCACGGAGACCCAAAUUGAGUUCAAGUCAUUUGCUUACAUUUGCCAAACAUUUUGCCAUUUUUAAAUGGGUAUGGAUUUCAAACAGUUGUAUGUAUAAUCUCUAAUACUAUUUUUAACUAUUUCCAAAAGCUAUGUUAACCUUUCAGUCACUAACAGAAUUCUAUAAGAGGACUUUAUUAUAUGCUGGUCUGGUCGCUUUACUUUUUUUUUCUUUUUAAUGCACCAAAAAUAUAAUGUGAUUCAAGGGAUGCAAUUAAUCUAUUGUAAUUUUUAUCCUUUUAUCUUCAUCCUGAUUUACUACAAAGCCAGUAAGAAAAUACAUGUUACCAAAAAAAAAAAUCUUCAGAGAGAAUAGAUGCAGUCUCUCUUUAAAAAGAACCAUAAUUGGUCCAACAGGGGAGAAGGGAAUGAAAUGCAAACUUGCCUUUUCUCUUUAAUCUCCACACUCACUGUCAUGAAGAAGCCCCCUUUAUAUUCACAACUACAUUUUAAAAGUAUUAUUUGUAGUCUGUAGAAGCUCACUCAGGUGGUGUUUGUGGGUAUCUGCAUACACAUGUGUAUGUAAUAUUUUUUAAUGAAAGGAAAUGGGAAAUGAAAAAUACAUCUUGGGCUAUUAUUCAGGAGCACAAGCUGUUGAAGAACCAGGGGUGCCCCAGUUUAAUGAAUCUUCCCACAAAAUACUGCAAGCUACCCCCUUUCCAAUGGAUUAAAAUGUCAACCAUGUGUUCAAGGUCAGUCUCCAAUUUAAGAGGCCUUUGUCCUUGUAUUUUGAAAGUGACUGAACUUCAAACAGUUAAAGAGGGAACUUCUCAUUGUUUGGAAUAAGAAUUCCUUGAAAAACCUCUUGCUGUCAGAAGACUAAGCUUUGGUGGGCAAGUCUGUGGGAGAGAGACACUGGGCAUGCCCACAUGUGCAUACAAAGACACACACGGGCACACACACACACACACACACACACACACACACACUCACUCACUCACUCUUCCACAGCAAGUGGGCCUAUUAAUCUGCUCUUCAUACUUGUUUGAUGACCUGGUUUCAAAUGUGGCAUUUCUAUGAACUUGGCCCAAGGGAUUAUUUUACCUCACUCAUGCAUUCAUAGUUCACACUCGGGGUUAAACAGCAAGGAAAAUAAAAUCCUAAAGGAAAAGUACACUGUGCCAAAUACUCAACAACCACAGUAAAUGAAGAGAUUUGAUUCUGAGUACAGAACCAUAGAAAAUCAUCGAGCAAAGAGGAGCAAAAAAGAAAGAGGAUUGUGUAGAUAGGAUUGUGCUCAGUUGCCGGGGAGACGAUGCUUUUUGAAAAAAGUUCUUGAAUCUAUUUAAUUUUGGUAUAGCUUCAUUGAUUAAAAUAUACAGACUUAUCCAUCAAUUACAUGAUUGAUAGGGGUGAUAAUGCUACAAUUGUUCUAAAAACACAUAUGAUCAUUAGUUCUGAUAUUUUUCUAUACAGGUUGUUUUGUUUUAUCUUUUCAUUUUGAAAAUAUAUUGUUGGUAGAUACACUGACUGACCUGUUCAUUGUCCCUUACUUUGGCAAAAUCAUCAAGGUCAAAGGUAAUUAGUCUUUUUAGAUGUCAUUUCUUUCUUUUUCAAAACAUGUAAAAAUCAUUUGCUGUUUGGAUUUUUUCUAAAGAUUCUCAAAUGCAUGAGAAUACUGACGCUAGAAUAGUACUAGACAAACAGAAAGCACAAGGACUGUACUUUAUCAGUUACAGAAUGGACAAUCAAAAACUCCAUUUUACAAAGAAGGCUUCAGAAAUGUCGCCUUUCGAAAAUUAAAUUCUGAUGCUUAGUGAAGGGAAAAGCCAGCCCUUUUCUGGCUUUCUUUUUUGCACUUAGGGGGAACACUGCCACAUUUCAUGACCAUAGCCAACUCUUUAUUUGUUUGUAAGUGAUGUUGAUGUUUGUGUGGGGGGGAAAGGAUGCUUCUAGUCUGAUUUGCAAUGGGCUUUACAGCCAUUACAAUGGAGGGGAAAAACAUGGAGACAGACAUCCUCUUAAAAAUGGAGUGCUCAAAGUUCUUUGUCUUCUUUUCUUAGAACCUCAUCUGCUGUUUGACAAGUUAAGUCACCCAACUAUAACAUGUCUGGGGGUAGAUAAUCCAGCCUUUCCCUAUUGGGAUUUUAAUAGGCUUUUAAUGCUACAUAAAGACCAAAGGCUUUUAACCAUUGUCCUAAUGUACUAUCACCCGGAAAGGUAUGCCCUUUUAGAAAUCAUUCAGAAAAUAUUGGGGGGAAAUCAUAUCUUAGAAUUUUUUUCUCCCUAGAGAAAGGAUUCCUUCACCUAUAGCUCCCCAGAAUCAGUGAGAACCCAAAGCCUUAUUGCUUUCUUCACCAUUUCAAAAAAGUAAGGUGGCAUUGCAUUCUGAGGAGCCUGCCACUCUAAAGGGCUUGAAGAAAACUCAGAAAAGAGUUAAUGACAAAGGGAAACACACCUUCCCUCCCAAAAUUCCCUAACCUCUCUCCCCAAGGAUUUUUUUAAUAGGGCUUAAUAAACAAAAUAAUGAAGGGAGACUAAAUAUGUAUGUGUAUGGAUAUGUAUGUAUGGAUGGAUAUAUACAUAUUAUAUGACUAUAAAUUUUAAAGCACUAUAUAGACCAAGAGGCUUUUUAUACUGUAUUAAGGCCUCAUGAUACUCUAUCUUCAAAUCACCCGGCUUCUCUUUCCUUUUCUUCCUCUUCCUCCUGCCCUUCCUCUUUUUUUUUUCCCCUGAGACUUAUAAUGACACAUCAUUUUGCAAAUAUUUCUUUUUUGAGUCCUAGGUCAGUUAGACUGAACCAAUCUAAUAAGCAUAGUCCUCAACCCACAAUGGACCUUCUCUCUCUCUCUCUCUCUCUCUCUCUCUCUCUCUCUCUCUCUCUCUCACACACACACACACACACACACACACACACAAAAGCUCUAUAAUAAAAACAAUAGAUAACUGUAGAGUUUGUCCAGGACAUAGAUUUUUCUGUAGUUGGUAAUAUUUCCCACAAUGGAGGAUGCUGUAUAGCUAUCAGACACAUCAGAAUUAGGGGAACUCUUAAAAUGAAAGAAUCUUCACUUAAAUACCUCACAGAGUUCCCAUGAAGAGCUUUUUGUGGGGAGGAUGGUAUUGCUCCUUUUAAUACAGGCUUUCCAGACAACUCUCCAUGUCGCUUUUUGCUGUUUCCAUCAGAUUACAGUUUCCUUUAUUUCACCAUUGUAGAUAUAGUAUCCUGUAUUCAAUCCACAAGCGGGCCAUUGCUUUGUGAAUGGAGCCCUCAGAGAAUACCUCAGGAAUAUUAAGCAAUAACAGCUACCUUGAGGAGUAAAUGACAACUACUCUUCUAUAGUUAAACUAGAGACAAUGGGCACCACAGGUCAGGUUCUGUCUUUUCUUCCAGGAAACCAAGUCUUACUUUCCUUUAGCUCAGCUGAAUGAGUGGCGACUUUUAACAAUGAAGGAGAAUGCCCUCUGCCUUGUUCUAACUCUGAUUUCAUCCUAUCUUCAAUGCACUCAGAAAUCCACUUGUCUGAAAAGAAUAAGGAGGCUGAAGAGUGUUGCCUCAGAAAUACUUCCAUUGUCCAGCUUGGCCUUUGUUUCCUUUCACAGGUCACUUUUCUCAACCUGGGGCUGUUCACCUUAUGUUUGAAGCAAUUUGAACACUCAGAAAGUGUCAAGUAUUGAGGAGAGAGAGCUAUUGUAUAUAGCUUGGCCAAGAGAAUUAAUUUUAAAACAUAGACUAAGAACUCUUAGUACAGGCCUCAGCAUAUGAGAAGAGAUUCCAGAGACAUUUACCAUAAUAAAGGUGAAGACAAAGAUUAGACUGAACUCCUUGAGGGCAGGGACUGGUUUGUGGGUUUUGUUUUGGGUUUUUUUUUUGGGGGGGGGGCGAGAGCUUGUGUUUUUUUAUUGUUUUGUUUUAUUCUUGUUUUAUUCUUAUUUUGAGUUUUUUUUUUUUGCCUUUCUUUGUAUUCUCAUCACUUAGCACAGUAUCUGGCACAUGGUAUGUGCUUUGUAAAUGCUUGUUGAUUUAACUUGUUAUGAGAACGAGGGAUCCCCAAGGGGAGAAAAUUCUAGUUUACAGGGCACAUAGACUUCUUCAAGUGUCCUCACUUCAUUUCCUUCUUUUCUCCUACUCUUAAUCCCCAAGAACACCCCAAAAUUACUGAGGCAGCUCAAUAACACAGGAUCAUAAAUUUAGACCAGAAUUCUUAAUCUUUUUUGUACCAUAGACCCCUUAGGCAGUCUGGUGAAGAGUAUGGUCCACGCUUCAAACUAAAGUUCUCAAAUGUAUGGAAUAAUAUAACAAAGUUACAAAGGAAACCAAAACAUACACACACACACACACACACACACACACACACACACACACAUAUAUGUGGGCAGUUAGGUGGCUCA